AUGCAGCGGGACAAGGAGCUCUAGGGGGAUGGUGAAAGCUGCCCAAAUUCUGCCUUUAGGAUCCCAAACAGCGCGGCUUUAGUGAAAGAAACCUGUUGAAUCUCUGCCUGUCGUCCCAUCUGUUGAAAAAUACGGCCAAAUCGGGUAACCGACAGGAGGCGAAGGAGAACUGCCUCGACCACUUGGAUUUAAUUGAGAGGGGGGAUGCCCAGGACACUUAGGGGUUUCUGGAAAAAGACCCACACAGGAAACUCCCAUCCUUCAGGAAUUCGGCUCUUUGUGCCCUUAUAAGGCUAUUUCAACUCCUGGCCAAUCAGCAAGAGAGAGGCGGCGCUCUCUUGGCCCCAAAACUUCGGGUAAGAAGAAGGAGGCGCUGAAAGUGGCGGCCCGCUGAGACGGUCUUGAGCGCGCCUCGCCUUCGUUGGAGAGCCCGUCCUGUUCCGGAAGAGGAUGAGCAGUAACCAAUUCAACAAGGGCCCCAGCUACGGCUUGUCUGCGGAAGUCAGAAAUCGGCUUGCCCAGAAAUAUGAUCCACAGAAGGAAGCAGAGUUGCGGGUAUGGAUAGAAAACCUCACUGGGAGGCAGAUUGGCCCCGAUUUCCAGAAGGGGCUGAAAGACGGCGUCAUACUAUGCGAAUUAAUAAACAAACUGCAGCCUGGUUCGAUUAAAAAAAUCAACACCUCCUCUCUCAACUGGCAUCAGCUGGAGAACCUCUCCAACUUCAUCAAGUCCCUACUUAGUUAUGGUUUGAAGCCUGUCGAUUUGUUUGAGGCCAACGAUCUGUACGAGAGUGGGAAUAUGACUCAAGUGCAGGUGUCGCUCCUGGCUCUGGCAGGCAUGGCAAAAACAAAAGGCAUUGAAAGUGGGAUGGAUAUUGGAGUGAAAUAUUCGGAGAAACAGGAGAGAGCCUUUAAUGAUGAAAAACUCAAGGCUGGACACUGUGUCAUCGGUCUACAGAUGGGCACCAACAAGUGCGCUAGCCAGUCAGGAAUGACCGCCUAUGGAACCAGGAGGCAUCUCUAUGAUCCCAAGAACCAGAUACUACCUCCAAUGGACCAUUCCACCAUCAGUUUGCAGAUGGGUACCAAUAAGUGUGCUAGCCAGGUGGGCAUGACGGCUCCAGGAACCCGCCGGCACAUCUAUGAUUCCAAGCUGGGCACAGACAAAUGCGAUGACAGCUCCAUGUCCCUCCAAAUGGGCUCCAACCAGGGUGCCAAUCAGAGCGGGCAGGUGUUCGGUUUGGGCCGCCAAAUCUACGACCCCAAGUAUUGCCCCCAAGGCAACGCUGGGGUGGCGAGCAACGCAGCCCCCAUUGAGGAUCAGAACUCAGCCAAUUAUUAUUAUUAUCAGGAGGACCAGUGAACUGGAUGUAUUCUUUCCCUUGCCCUGUUUUCUGUUCUUUUCCCAAACCAUCGCUGGGCAAUUCCUGGCAAAGUCCAGCAAUUCUGCAAUGUAUGUAUUUUUAUUUUUUUUCAAAGGACAAAAAAAAAAAAAAGAGUUGUCCAAGCUUCAUUUCCCUUCUACCCCUCAAGGAUAGGAAAACAUAGAAGUGAUUAUCCUUUUUUUUAUUAUUUUUAAGAAAGAGAGUAAAGUUGAUCUUUAAUGUUACAAGGGUUAGACAAAGAUCGUGUGAACUUUCCCUAAUGCCCAAAUUUACCUCUAGAAACUGGAAAGAAUAAAGAUUGCAGUAUUGAUUUCACGCUUCAAAAAAAAAAAAAAUCCUCACUAUCCUGAACGAUUUAUUUAAAUUAUACAUAUGCAGAUGGAGAGGGUUGCAAAAUUUAACCUGGUAUGUCCAGAAAAAGGAAGCCAUUUCCAAAACCUGAAAAUCAUACUUUAUAACUGUCAUUGGUCGCAAUGCCGAGCUAGAAUUUUUUAAAACUAUGGUUUGUUGAACAAGCCAGAGAUCACGGGAAUCUUCCCAACACUCCUGCAUCUGGUUUGUAUAGCUUGCAUUACCUGAGUGAAAUUUGGCCUGGUUGGAUUUGGUGGGGUAUUCAGGUAGUCUUCGGCUUAUGACCACACUUGAGCCCAACAUUGGGUCCUUGAGUGGCUCAGACUGCUAAGACAGUCUGUUAUUAACAGCAGCUGCUUGCAAUUACUGCAGGUUCAAGUCCCACCAGGCCCAAGGUUGACUCAGCCUUCCAUCCUUUAUAAGGUAGUUAAAAUGAGGACCCAGAUUGUUGGGGGCAAUAAGUUGACUUUGUAUAUAAUAUACAAAUGGAUGAAGACUAUUGCCUGACAUAGUGUAAGCCGCCCUGAGUCUUCGGAGAAGGGCGGGAUAUAAAUGCAGAUUAAAAAAAAACCAUUUCUGUUCCUAAACAAUAUUAUUAUUUACUGAAUUUUGCCCCUUUUUACGACCUUUCUGGCCACCGUUGUUAAGUAAAUCACCACAGUUGUUAAGUUAGUAAUACAGUUGUAAAGUGAAUUUGCUUCCCCAUUGAUUUUGCUUUGUCAGAAGGUCAUAAAAGGUGAUCAUAUGACACAGGAACCUUCAUAAAUAUGAGCCAAUUACCAAGCGUGCGAAUUUUGAUCACGCGAUCAUGGCGAUGCUACGGUGGUGAUAAGUGUGAAAAAUGGGCAUAAAACACAUUUUUCAGUGCUGCUGUGACUUUUGAACUGUCACUAAAUGAAUCGUCGUAAGUCGAGGACUACCUGUAAUGCCCCACCUCACCUGGAGCCUUAGCCUGCCUCCUCCGAACAACAUCAGGAGGCAUUGAAGGAAAAAUAAAACCUUGUUCCCAACAACCAGAUGUUAUCCUCAGUUCCCAUUUAGUUCUGCACAGAAUUUUCCCUGUUUAAUUUCCAACCAAUCAGAAUGGAUUGAUACCAGGCCGGAUGGACCAAUAGCAAGAGCUGAGAUAAGAUACUUUCAUUUCCCCACAUCCAUAAUAGCAAUAGCACUUAGAAUUAUAUACCGCUUCACAGGGCUUUAUAGCCCUCUAAGCCAGGGCUGUCAAACUUGAUUUCAUUGAGGGCCCCAUCAGGGUUGUGUUUGACCAUGUGGGGUGGGCUUGGACAGUUCAACAUCACUCGUGUCAGGGGCACCUGUGGUGGCCUGAGCGUUCUGCCAGCGAAAAUGGGCUCCCAAGUUCUGUUUCCGGCUGCGACUGCCUCCUGCAACCCUCUGCCAGGAAAAAUGGAGCUCUGGAGGGCCAUUCACAAUCCUCCUGAACGCCGUUUUCGCCGGCAGAAGUACCACGGGCUGGUCCUUCGCUGUUUCCAGGGCAACCCCACGGGCUACAUCUAAGCUCUCCGCGGGCCGAAUGCACCCAGCGGGUCUUGAGUUUGACACCCCUGCUCUAAGCGGUUUACAGAGUCAGUAUAUUGCCCCCAACAAUCUUGGUUCUCCCGAAAUAGGUGGAAAGUUUAUUCUUUCUUCCAAGUGUUCAAGGGGAAUUAUUCUGAUCCCCUUUACGUAUUUUAGGUGACCACGUCAAGGCUACAUAAAUCCAGACAACAGCUUUUAGAGGGCAGCACAUACAUGCUGGAAACUCAAUUUUUGCUGCGGUCCAACAGGGCUGUCUGGAUUUACAGCCCUGUAAUUUCACUGCAAAGUAAAUCUUGAGGCCUUUGUGGCUGUAACAGAAUCAUGUAAUUGGAUAUUGAUAGGCUUUUUAAUUCAAGCACUGAAAUCUUCCCUGAUAAACAUUUCUAUGCUAUUAAAAAGAAAUGGAUAUGCUACCUUCACCAGCCCGGUCACUAUUGGGAUACGAAACCUCAGAAUUCUCAGCCAGCUCAGCUGAAAAAUUAAUCUAGACUGGAGGGAAAUGGCGCGAAAGGUAUAAAACUGGAAUGGGGGGGGGGUGGAAAAGGAUUGGUAAUUUGCCCAACGGAGAGUAGAAGCUUCAUUACCUUCAAAGGUGUCCAACCUUGGCUACUGUUAAGAUUCGUGGACUUCAACUCCCAGAAUUCCCCAGCCAACAUGAGGAAUUCCAUGACUGGAAUUCUGGGAAUUGAAGUCCACAAGUCUUAAAGUGGCCAAGGUUGGACAACCCUGAUUACUUUAAACUAGUUUAGUGAACAAACGAAUGCGUUUCUUUCCAGAAUAUGUCCUUAAUUCUGUCUAGGCCCUUGGCAUGUUUUCAUUCUCACGUUCAUUCCCUCUCUUUGGAAGCUGUAUCAGAUUUUUAAUCCAAGGCGAUGAAGUGUAGAAAGUAGAUACUAGCUAGGAUCAUUUCUUUAAUACUUAUGGCACUUAAGUUUCAAAAGAAUUUUGUGGUUUAAUUCACUGUUUCUCAAGCUUAGCAACUUUAAGAUGUCUGGACUUCAACUCCCAGAAUUCCCCAGCCAGCCAAGCUGACUGGGGAAUUCUGGGAGUUGAAGUCCAGACAUCUUAAAAUUGCUAAGCUUGAGAAACAUUGGUUUAAUUCAUCCUUUAUCCGCUGUUACAAAAAGGAGUUUGAACCCAGAUGAAACCUCUCUCCAUUGUCUGAUAUUCAGUUAUAUCGAAUCUGUUUGGCUUUCUGCGAGUAAAUGAUUGACCACUUUUUCAGAAGCUAGCUGCUUAUUGAUAUCACAGGGGUGAUGCUGGAUUAGAACUUUUUUUUUUUACUGUAUUUUUAUACUGGAAAACUAACAAUGUGUAGCUAUCGGUCUUCAUCAUUUUUAAGAUUUGAUUCUGCAAGGGUCACUGUUACUCAAGCAACACCCAUAGGGAUGUAAGAUUUCAUGUUGCAAGGAUGGGGAUAUCUAACCUGUAGAGGUCUAGGAGCUUGAAAAAAAAACUUUCAGAAGUCCUAUUUCUCUCCUCUGGCCCCUCCUCAGUUUGAUAGGGCUUAAUAUUCUUUUUUUUUUCUGCUGCUAUACAACGGAUCAAAGGACCAUGAUCAAAAUAAAGCUUUUAAGUCUAGGUACCUGCAUAAAGGUCUUAGGGACUAGAUACUUAAGGACUAAUAUAUUUAAACAUCAUUGCUUUUUCAGACAUUGGAUAGUUGCCUUAAUUUUUUUAUAUGCUGGGGGGAAAAAAGAAAUCAUGAUUUCUUUGCCAUGCUAGCUUUCUUAGCAGAAAUGAAUGUUUCAUUACUGUAUUAGGUAACACUAUCCAUGCUGCCUAGCAUGAAUGAUGUUACCUAGUAUGGUAAUGAAACGUCUGCCAGAAAAACCACCAAGCUCAGAGAGCACCAAGGACCCCACAGUUCAAUCCUAAGCUACAAAUACUAUUCCUUUCCAGCUGAUGUGUCAAUCAAGAAGUAGAGAUAGCUCUAAUUUGCACACACUUGUAUUAGACAAUUUAGACUUUCAGGAUGCUACAAAGCUUUUGACUGUGGACAAUAUUUCUGUAUGAAUAGUCUCUAGCAUUUGACUUGCCAAGGGAUGCAUUUUGUGAAUGAAGGUUUUUAAAUCUCUUAAAAGCCUGUAUUUUUUAACCCAGCUUCCCUCUAUUUUAAUAAUCAAUGUUCUUUCUUUUAAACAAAAACUGGAUCUGCUCUUCUGUAACGACAUAGGUAGAGCUACCUACAUUUCUCUGGCAGAGAAGCCGACGCAGAACGCAUGCUGUCUUAUCUUAGAAAUAGCGGUAGGACUGAUGGACAAAAUGUGAACCUGCAAUAUUUGAAUUUAAAUAAAAGGGCUUCAAAAGCAAAAA